AUGGCUACAAUAGCCGAAGCCCUUACCCGUUUGACUCUCCCUCCUCAAACCACACCAAGCACCCAACAAGCUUCAACCUCAAGUAGUUUACCGUCCCAACUUCAACCCAAUCCUAAAGGAAGCAUAAACGCCAUUAUUCUUAGGAGUGGUACUAAGUUGGAUAAGAAUGUGGCUAUACCUCCAAAGUUGAAUGAGGAGACCAACAAUGAGGAGGUAGGAGAUGAAGUAGAGGUGAUGAGGAGUGGAGAUGAAGAUAUUGAUAAAGAUGAAAAAGAACCACCAAAGGUCAAGGAGCCAAAGAGAAAGACCUUUCUUGAAGAGCCUUUGCCCAUUCCAUUCCCAACAAUAGCUAAGAAAGUAAAGAAGCAAGAAGAUCUUGACCCCACUAUGGUGGAAGUUUUUGAGAAAGUUAAAGUUACCGUCCUUCUCUUUCAAGCCAUUCAACAAGUGCCGAAAUAUGCCAAGUUCCUCAAGGCUAUUUGCACUCACAAGGACAAGCUUGGCAACCUCAACAAAAAGCCGGUAGAUGACUAUAUCUCUUCUUUACUUCCUGAAAAAUGCAAUGAUCCCGGCCUAUAUUUGGUCGCUUGUUUGAUUGGUGGGACUAAGUUCAUGGACUGUAUGUGUGAUUUGGGGGCGUGUGUGAACAUCAUGCCACUCCCUAUUUAUGAGAGAUUGAACUUAGUACCUCUUAAGAGAUCCAGGGCGAGAUUCGUGCUAGCCGACAAGAGUAUUGUGUCAGUUGUGGGGUUUGCAGAAAAUGUAAUUGUCAAUAUUCAAGGAUUUCUCUUUCCAAUGGAUUUUCACAUCUUGGAGACCUCUCCUAUUGACUCAACCAAUCCAUCAUCAAUACUCUUUGGACGACCAUUCUUGAAGACGGCCCGUUUCAAGUUAGAUGCACAUUCGGGAGUCAACUCUUUUGAGUCGGAUGGCAAGUUAGUCAAGUUCACUUUGGAGGAGUCUGAUAAGCCCAUUCGUGGAGCUUACUCUGUUUUUGGAUGUGACAUAGUUGAAGACAAGGUGAGUGAAGAUGGCAAGGAGCAAGGAAAAGAGGAUAGUACAAAAGACUCAAUUUCAAAGGAUCAUGCUCAACCAAAGCAAGCCAAGGAGUUGGAGAUUUUCCUCCCUGGGGAACUUCCUAAGUGA